AUGAAGACAUCAUUUCUAAAUGAAUUCACAUUAAUAAUGAACUUAUCCAAUAAUCUUGCUGAAGAAAUACAAGGAAAAAUAUAAGCAUAAUAGAUAAAUUUUUUCCAUCAAAAAUUUAUGUUUGGCAUAAGAUCAUAUUCAUUAUAAUGAUGUAGCAUUAUUUUAAGUAGAUAAAAAGAAAAAAAUGAGAGUGAUAUAACUUUGGAAAUAAUUCCUAAUAAAUAAUUAUCCAUUGUAAGAUAGCAUUCUACAACCUCAUCAAUGAAAAAAAGAAGAAGAUAAAUUAAUAGUAAAAAAUAAGAUAGAUAGAUUUCAAAUGGCAUAUAUCAACAAUAAUAAUAGUAAAAAUCAAUAGAAAAUGAAAUAAUAGAUUUAAUUAAAAUUGAUGAACUCAAAUUACAGAAUUAAUUUAUAUUAUAGAUGAUAGUGAUACCUAUAUUUAGUAUAUGA